AUGGAACCCAACAUUCUGCUCCUGCUCGCUUUUCUCGGGGGCUUCUUGCUGCUGUUUGUCAUGGGCCGCUCAAAAACCUGUGGCCGUCUUCCACCAGGACCCCGUCCCUUGCCCCUCCUGGGGAACCUCCUACAGAUGGACAGAGGAGGCCUCCUCAAAUCAUUCAUUCAGUUUCGAGAAAAAUACGGGGAUGUUUUCACAGUGCACCUGGGACCAAGGCCUGUGGUGAUGCUGUGUGGGACGGACACCAUAAGGGAGGCUCUCGUGGACCAAGCUGAGCCUUUCUCUGGUCGGGCGCCAGUUGCUGUGCUUCAUCCAGUUGUACAGGGAUAUGGUAUGAUCUUUACCAAUGGGGAAAGCUGGAAGACUCUUCGACGAUUCUCUCUGGCCACCUUGAGGGAAUUUGGGAUGGGAAAGCGGAGUUUGGAGGAGCGUAUAAGAGAGGAAGCCCAGUGUCUGGUGGAGGAACUGCGGAAAUUACAAGGAGCCCCCCUGGAACCCAUGUUCCUCUUCCAGAGCAUCACAGCCAACAUCAUCUGCAUCAUUGUCUUUGGAGAGCGCUUUGACUACAAAGACCCCCAGUUCCUGCACCUGAUGGAUUUGUUCUUCCAGACCUCCGCAAUUUUGAGCUCAUUCUCCAGCCAGGUGUUUGAGCUCUUCUCUGGCUUCCUGAAAUACUUUCCUGGUGGACACAGAGACAUGUACAGAAUUAUGCAGAAAAUUCUCCACUACAUUAGCCAGAGUGUGGAAAAGCACAGGGCAACCUUGGACCCCAGCGCUCCAAGAGACUUCAUAGAUGCUUACCUCAUACGCAUGGAGAAGGAGAAGUCCAACAAGCACACAGAUUUCCAUCACCAGAACCUCAUCAUGUCUGUGCUGUCUCUCUUCUUUGCUGGCACCGAGACGACCAGCACCACGAUCCGCUAUACCUUCCUGAUCUUGCUCAAGUACCCAGAUGUUGCAGAGAAAAUCCGAAAGGAGAUUGAGCAGGUGAUCGGCUCACACCGCCUACCAAGCCGCACCAAAAUGCCGUACACUGACGCAGUCAUUUAUGAGGUUCAGAGGUUUUCAGAUCUUAUCCCUAUGAGUCUGCCACACAAAGUCACCAAAGACACAUUGUUCCGAGGGUACCUGAUCCCCAAGGACACUGAAGUGUACCCCAUCCUGAGUUCAGCUCUUCAUGACCCACAGUACUUCGAACAUCCAGACGCCUUCAAUCCUGACCACUUCCUGGACGCCAAUGGAGAACUGAAGAAAAGUGAAGCUUUUAUGCCCUUUUCCAUAGGAAAGCGCAUGUGUCUCGGCGAAAACAUCGCCCGCAACGAACUGUUCCUUUUCCUCACCACCAUCCUCCAGAACUUCUCUCUGGCCAGCCCCAAGUCUCCUCAAGACAUUGACCUCUCCCCCAAGAUGAGUGGCGUUGGCAAAAUACCACAAACGUACGAGAUCUCUUUCUUGGCCCGCUGCUGACUGGACUAAGGUGGCUAAUGGUUUCCACUUCUGUAGAGAGUGGCUCAUCUUUCUGCCUCUGAGAAAACUGCAGGAAACCAGACCCUAGGCCAUUGUUUGCAUCCUUCUACCUGUUGCAGAUUCUCCAAGGCUCUGAGAUGUGUCCUUCCCCACC